UAAUACGCAAAAUUCUCUGACGCAACCAUCAAACACGAAUCUCUUCAGCAACGUAGGCCUUAGCAAUCAGUCUAGCACAACGGCAUCUACGUUUACUCCUUCGUUCCAAUUCAAACCAACUGGAUCCUUCCUGAAUCCAGCGCAACCAUUCAGCACCAGUUUGUUUACGAAUACCGCGCCGACAACUUUUACUGCACCAGCAGGAAUAGUAGCGACAGCUGACAUGUAUCCGUACAGUAGCGUGCCGCUGUUACAACAAGGUGCGGUUUCAUCGCAAGAACAACAGAGGACGGAGAAACCAACGGCUACUCCUAUCGGAGCUAAAAAACCACCAGUCACACCGCAUUAUAAACUAGAGCCUAGGCAAAGUCAGAAACUUAAGUUGAAAGGUUAUUCCCCGGGAUUAAGGAGAAAGAAGGAGCCUGAACAAGAAACUCCGAAACCGUUGGAAAUUUUUUCUGAUUACAGCGAGCUAAUAAGUCCUGAAGCAUUUAACAGAUCACGAAGGCGAAUGAUAAAUACUCGCCCUGUAUCCCUAAGCUCAAUUAUUAACAAAGACUCAAUCGCACCAAACCCGAGUAAAUCCCCCCAACAAGAGUCAACAAGGUUGACGUUUGGGUCUCCAAAGCAGGAGACUCCACGCCAAUCGAUAUUCAGUGAGCCGCAAACUCCGCUAACAGCGUUAGGCCAGAAAUCUACUUUCACGCUAUCACCACUGCGAAGAUCUCCGGAAACUCCAAAACCUCUUAUUCAAUCGUUUAGCACUCCAUCACUUUUCCAGGAGGAAAUAUCAACGCCACCUGCUCAGCAAGAACGCUCUGUUACUCCAGUGCAACAGAUAUUGGAUGAACCCGACGAGCCCAUCAUCCGGCGAGAACCAGUCACAGAACUAGUCACAGAAUCAGAUGAUUACGGCGACUACUGGAUGUCGCCUUCGUUAGCCGAACUACGAAACAUGUCUGAAGCGCAAUUAAAAAAAGUAAACGACUUUACUAUUGGACGUGGUGACUUGGGUCAGAUACACUUUACUGAACCAGUCGACUUGACCGGAAAUCCUUUGAACAGCUUAAUCGGUGAUGUUGUAGAGAUAGUCCCGCGCUCAGUUUCGGUUUACGAGGAUAGCAAAAUCCCCAAGCCACCAGUUGGACAAGGAUUGAACGUACCGGCUGCUAUUACCUUGAAAAAAUGCUGGCCCGUUGAUAAGGUCAAGCAGACUCCAGUUAGAAAUCCAGCCGACACAUUAGUCCGGCAGAGAAUUGCUCGUUUGAAGCAAAUGCCUGGUACAGAAUUUAUUAGCUAUGAUGCUUACACAGGCGCAUGGACAUUCAUAGUACAGCAUUUUACUAAAUAUGGUCUAGACGAGUCUGAUGACAGUGACGAGCAAAGCGUAAUUUAUGUUCGACCGCAAGUCGAGGAUAGUCCAAUGCAAGAGAUACCUACCGCCUCUGACUUGUUAGAAGCGAGUCUCGAAAUCGAGACCGCCACGACAUUUAAGCCGUCUACUAGCCUUCCUGAAUUUCGAGGACAGGAUCCGUUAGAAAUCAACGAAAUGCAAGAAGCCAUCUUUCCCCCAGAAGAGGAUGAGGAUUACGAUACUAUGGAAGAUAUUUUGGAUCAGCCGCCUCCUGCAUUGCCCGCCGGAUAUGCUCGUAAUGGGAGUUUUUCGAGUGAUGAGGACAGAGACACGUCGGCGGAGGAUAUUAUUCUCCCAUCGUUAAUGACCUACCCAUCGGAGCAGCCAUCGAUAUUUCAAACACAAGAGAUCGAAGAGGAACAAUCAAUAUUACCACAGAAACACGCCCUACAGUCAAUGAGUGAAACUCGCAGACCAUUGAAAAUACCGCGACUAAAGUACUCCGAAUCAAUAACGUUUAACCGAAUACGUUCGGAACAGGAUAUGAGCUUGUUCCUUGGUCAUUCGUUCCGUGCUGGAUGGGGUCCUAAUGGUGUUAUAGUUUUGUUCGGAAGAGAUGUAAAAGACAAAGGCAAUGGCUCAAGAAUUCCCGAGUAUGGCGUCCCCAAUGUGCUGCAUAUACGAAAGGUUACCGUAUUUAAUGAAUCUGAAGAAAACGAGAAACGCCGACAUUAUUUGGUGCUCCAAACAUUGUCCGAGCAUACAAUUAUUACGCCCGACGCUCGUGGCAUACCAAAACUUACCAUUAGCCCAAAGAUCACGUUUGACCAUUUCGUCAAGAUUGUUGGUGACAACCGAGCUACCUAUCGCCGACAUGAACUCUUGGUGUGGAAACUAGGACACGCUUUAUGGGAUAAAAUACCAAUUGAAUAUGAAGACAGUCUCGGGGUUAAAUUAUGCGAAAAAAUAUCUAAAGCGUUACGCAAAAAAUCGAUAUCUAAAUGGUUGCAAGAAGCGGUUGAUCCAGAC